AUGGCCGGACAUUCGGCUGAAAUUGGUAAAAUAAAUUGGAGCACAUGUGUAACGGUAGCCACAUGCCAAAAGGGGUCCACCCACAAGGUGACAUGUGCCGACGAGAUGAUGCGAGUGGACGUAGCACUGCCGACGAACAACUUCUCCGAUGAUCUCGUCUAUCUGGAUGGUAUGAAGGGCUACCCGGACCCGAAAUGUAAGCCAACGAUACGCGAGAAUCUAGCCGUGUUCGAGCUAUCCCUGACGAACAUCUACGACUGUGGUGUGACACGUGUGAUCAAUCAAAUUACGGGGAAGAAAGUGUUUUAUCACCGGAUCAUCGUCGAAGGCGGUCCGGAGACCGGAAAGGAGAUCGUGAGCGUGAAAUGCAUCACCACCGGGCCGAGCUACAACGUUACGCACGGAAUCGUCAAGCGGGAUGUUCUUCCGGCAGGUUUUCAGGAACCAGAGGAUCUGGAAAUAACGACCUCCAUCACGGAGAACGCCCCGGAACCGUCGCUCGGAAUCGCCAUACGCCAAGGCGACAAGCUGGUAUCGGGUGACCUCAACGUCAGCCCCGGGGCUCACCUUCAGAUGGAAAUUUUCCUCGACAACCGGUCGGCCCCGAUCUACGGGUUGGGCGUGAACUACAUGCUCGUCACCGACACCAAGUUCCAGGAGGAGACGAUCAUUUUCAAUGGUUGCUCCGUUGACCCUUACCUGUUCGAGAACUUCAAUACCGUGGACGGUGACCUACUGGCGGCAAAGUUCCGUGCCUUCAAGUUCCCCGAGUCGACGUACGUUCAGUUCCGCGGUACUGUUAACGUGUGUGUUGAUCGGUGCAAGGGUGUCAUCUGCAGCAAUGGUCAGACCGCGUUUGGACGGCGUAAGCGAGAAAUAAACCCUGCACCGGCCGAUCCGAACAAGAUCUACGAGGUCACGAUGACCACCUUCAUCAAGGUGAACUACGACGAGAACGCGGAUCAAAAUACCGUAUCGGAGAUCGACCAGAAAAUCCGUCAGCUAAAGCUCACCAAUCAGAAGCUCGCCCGCAACAGCCGCGCCGGUAACGUGUUCGAGAGCAUCCACAAUGGACCGGCGCGAACACAGGAUGUGGAGCAACCGGCCGUGACCGUACCACAGGCGGACAAUGAAAGCGCGAAGGUUGAAGAGACGAUCGUGUUCCGUGAAGUAAUCACCCGGCAGGAGGAACCCGUCUUCGAGGACAUCAACAAUGGCGCGCGGCGGACGGGAUAUACCGUCGCAGUCCUGGUCGGACUUUGCUCGCUCGUCCUGGCGGUUGCGCGCCACUGAACCCUCACGAUUUCUCACCGGUGAGCGUGCUUUUAGGGGCACCUUAUCGGCAAACCAAACGCGAUGCGGGACUGCUUCGCUACAACCGAGCUCGGCGGGCUGAAGUGGAAGAGAACGAUGAAACAGACAAGGCACUGAUAGCUGGUGUCCUUUUUUGUACGAUUUACUUCCACUUUGGCCGUCGCCGACCGCGGUAGCCACGGAGAUAAAAGGGGAACAUUAGGGGAUUUUCUUCCGCCUUGGUAGAGGGUUUGU